UCCGUGGUUUUUGUUUUUCUUUUCGGCUGUUGGCCGCGAUCUUUUUUCGCCUUGGAGUCCUUCAUGACGCCAUGGAGGCACCCAGCUCGCCUGCCUUCCAGCGGUUCUCGCGCUUCAACCGCGAUGCCUCAGCCUGGAUCGCGGUGGCGGACGUGGUGCUCUGGGGCUCCGCGCAGCGGGCGGCGCGGCGAGGGCUCGGAGAGACGAUCUCCUGCUGGAGUUGCGGUUGCUCCUCAGGGGAGGAAGUAUACUUCAUUGGAAUGAUUUGGAACCGUGUGCUGGCCGCCAUUUUCCCCCACGCAGACCUGCGGCUCUUGGGCACCGAUUUGAGCUCUGAGAAGAUCUCCGCGGCCAAGGAGGGUCGGUACCCCUGGUACUCCGUGAAGGGCUUGCCUUUGGAGUGGUGUGAGCAGUACUUUGAUCUGCCGCAAUGCUGCACCCCCAGAGGAAAGCGAGGCCGGCCUAAGGCGGCCCAGCGCUACGAGGCGGCCAAGGCCUUCGCGGAGCAGGACGGCCCGGGCCCCCUCUACGGCAUCAAGACCAGCCUGAAGAGCGGCGUCAGCUUCCAGCGCCAGGACGUGACUGAGGAGAUGCCGGAGGGCCCCUUCGAUGUCAUCCUCUCACGCUAUGCUGUGUGCCUCUACCUGCAGGGGGAGCAGCGCUACGAGGUGUUGGCCAAGAUGGUGGAGCGCCUGCGGCCCGGGGGCUUCCUCGUUAUCGGCGCCAAGGACCACCUGCCGAACGGCUUCUGCGAGAAGCACUGCCUCAACCUGCUGGAACGCCGCGCGGAGAGCGACGAGCCCAGCGAGGUGCUGAGGUGCAUCUUCCAGAAGCACUCGGAUGAGCCCUUGAACUCCGCGCAGUGCUACUCCCAGUUCGUGCGCCAAAAUGGGUGCGAGCCCUACUGGGUGGCGGAGCGCAAGCAGUGGGAGCGCCAGCGAUUGGCCUUCCGCAUGAACCAGAAGAGUCGGGACUUGGUGGAAGCAGCUUUGAAAGAAGGCCGGCGGCAAGCGGAAAGCCUCUUCGAUCGUACCAGUAAGACUCAGGCAGAAUGGGUCCAGGCCAUGCAGGCGCGGGAGACCUUUCAGUCCAAGAUGCCGUCCGCGCUGCCCAAGGAGGAGCGCGUGAGCCGCCUGAAGAGCUUCAUGAAACGUAUGGAGCAGGACUUGGCAGAUCGUGGCCGGAAGUCCCUGGUGUCCGAACUGGAGCGCUAUUUGCCUAGCGGCUGGAAGCCCAAGAAAAAGAAGAAAAAGAAGAAGAAGAAGAAGAAAAAGAAGAAGCCCAAGACAGAGGUCGAGCGUGCUGCCACCCCCGACUUCGUUGCCGACUCCGACGCUGCCUCGGAGCUCGAGGCCGAGGACCUGGAAGAUGUCGAGGACUUCGACUACUUUGCCGAUCUCGCCGAAGGCGAUGAUUGCGAGGCAUCCACGUCUUUGCGAUGCGAGUCCGCGGCAUUUUAGCCGCGCAGUCGAUGGGUUGCCACUUUGCAACCCCUCGCUUUCCUUGCUCGGGGUUUCCUCCAUUUCCCGGUUGGGAACCUCCCAAAGUGGCACUUGGAAC